AUGUGGCUCCUUACCACAGAUCGGGCAGAACUGCACUUCUUCGCCAUUCCAGAGGACGUCCCGGACGAGUACGCCAUUCUCUCUCACGUAUGGAACAAGCCCCCCUUGGAGCCCGAAAUGUCUUUCCAAGACAUCGAAUAUCAUCAGAGACGAUGUCAAGACACCGGCGACCACCCACGCGACACUCUCCCCUCCGAAAAACUCAAGGGUGCGCUCGCCUUCGCCGAGCGAAACGGCUACGGCUGGCUGUGGGCCGACAUGUGCUGCAUCAAUAAGACCAGCAGCACCGAGCUCUCAGAGGCGAUCAACUCCAUGUAUCGUUACUACGCCGCCGCCGGUGUCUGUUACGCUUACUUCUUCGACGUCUCGUCGUCUCAACCCGCGCCAGCGUGGCUCGAGGAAUUUUGGAACAGCGAAUGGCACGAGCGGGGCUGGACCCUCCAAGAGCUCGUCGCCCCCAAAGACGUCCUCUUCUUCGCUCGUGACUGGACGGUGCUCGGGAACAAGAUGGCACUCGCCGAAGUUCUGCAGCUGAAGACUAGGGUGCCAAAAGAGGUGCUGCGGAUGCAGAAGAACGUGCGCUCCGUCAGCGUCGCGCAGCGUAUGUCGUGGGCAGCGGGGAGGCGUACCACGCGGGCCGAGGACAAGGCGUACUCUCUCAUGGGCAUUUUCGGCGUCCACUUCGUCCCGAUCUAUGGCGAGCGCGACCACGCGUUCAUGCGCCUGCAAGAACAGAUCAUGAAGAGCUCGACCGACAUGUCGCUGUUCGCGUGG